CUUUUUUGGAAUAGUUUCAGAAACUUUUUUUUUCACAUUUCGUGCUCCAGAUAUUACCAAUUGAUGUUUCCUGUGUUGGACCUAGGCUUCUUUGUUGGGCAAGCCAAGCAGGAAACACAGCAUUCACAGAGACGAUGGUCAAAGCAGCAAGAGCCGCAGCAGCGUCGAAGAGAAAGGGCGACAGGGGGGGCGUUUCCGCCGCCUCGAAGAAGCAGAAGAGGUCGUCGUCAAGCGUGACGAUGGACCCACGGAAGAGUGGCAAGAAGGCCAAGGCAGAGGAGCAGGAGGACCAGGACCAGGACCAGGAGGACCAGGAGAACACGGACAAGAUAGUGGAGGAGUUGGACGACAAGUACGGGGACGUGGCAGAUCUCCUGGAGAAGGAUACGGAGGACCAAGAAGAGAGUGAUAAGGAGGCCGAGGAGGCCGAAGAGGACGACAACGACGACAACGACGACGAAGAACAGGAGGCCGAGCACGAGGAACAGGUACCGAGUGCAGCAGCGGAAGACCCGGCCUCCAUCCCCCAGAACUUCACAGACCUCGCCUUGUCCGCUCCUACCCUGAAAGCAAUCCAGUCCAUGGGCUUCACGCAGAUGACAGAGGUGCAGGCACGGACAAUCCCGCCGCUUCUCGCAGGCAAGGACGUGUUGGGUGCUGCGAAAACAGGCUCGGGCAAGACCUUGGCCUUCCUUCUCCCCGCCAUCGAGCUGCUCUACUCGUUGAAGUUCAAGCCCAGAAACGGAACCGGCGCCAUCGUCAUCACGCCAACGAGAGAGUUGGCGCUCCAGAUCUUUGGGGUCGCCAGGGAGCUGAUGGCAAACCACUCGCAGACUCUCGGGAUAGUCAUCGGCGGCGCCAACAGAAGGCAGGAGGCCGAGAAGUUAACCAAGGGGGUCAACCUCCUCAUCGCCACCCCCGGCAGAUUGUUGGACCAUCUACAGAACACCACCGGCUUCGUGUAUAAGAACUUGAAGACCUUGAUCAUGGACGAGGCUGACAGAAUCUUGGAGAUCGGGUUCGAGGACGAGAUGAAGCAGAUUGUCAAGAUCCUCCCGAACGAGGACAGACAGUCCAUGCUUUUCUCCGCCACCCAGACUACCAAGGUCGAGGAUUUGGCCAGAGCUUCCUUGAAGAGGAGACCGGUCUACAUAAAUGUCCACGAAGACAGAGACUUCUCGACCGCAGAGGGCUUGGAGCAGGGCUAUGUCGUCUGCGACUCCGACAAGAGAUUCCUUCUUCUCUUCUCCUUUUUGAAGAGAAACUUGAAGAAGAAAAAGAAGAUAAUUGUUUUCUUCUCCUCCUGCAACUGUGUCAAGUACUACUCCGCCCUCUUGAACUACAUCGACAUACCGGUCCUGGAUUUGCACGGAAAGCAAAAGCAGCAGAAGAGAACGGCAACGUUCUUUGAAUUCUGUAACGCCAAACAAGGCAUUCUAUUGUGUACCGACGUCGCAGCAAGAGGUUUGGAUAUACCUGAGGUCGAUUGGAUCCUUCAGUUUGACCCUCCUGAUGAUCCAAGAGACUAUAUCCACAGAGUGGGGAGAACGGCAAGAGGUAGUGCUGGUAAGGGUAAAUCUUUGAUGUUCUUGAUUCCCCAAGAACUUGGUUUCCUCAGAUAUUUGAAGGCCGCAAAGGUCCCACUAAACGAAUACGAAUUCCCAUUGGACAAGAUCGCCAACGUUCAGUCCCAACUAGAACAGUUGAUCAAAAAUAACUACUGGCUACACCAAUCCGCCAAAGACGGCUACAGAGCUUAUUUGCAGGCUUACGCAUCACAUCACUUGAAGACCGUCUACAAGGUCGAUAAGUUAGACUUGGUCAAGGUCGGUAAAUCUUUCGGUUUCAACGUCCCUCCAAAGGUCAACAUCACAAUUGGUUCCAGCGUCACCAAAACGAAGAAAAAUAAUUCCGGCUCCAAGAGACAUUAGAUCGAUUCUGUAUAGAUUAGCUUCAACUUCAGCUUUAUAACGUAAGUAUAUUAUCAAUUUAUGAAAGAAAAAAAUGUAAUCAACUACAUGUAUACACAUACAUGUCUCAAUUCAAUUUCUCCCCAGUAAAGUCAAGAACUCAUCUCUAGUUUUCUGUUGGGAUCUGAAACACCCAAGCAUACAACUCGUUGACGUUAUAGCACCAGAUUUCUGAACACCCCUACUCACCAUACACAUAUGGGUAGCUUCGAUGACAACGGCAACACCACGUGGCUGUAAAAUCUCACUAAGAGCAAUGGCAAUCUGCUUUGUCAAUCUUUCCUGAACUUGGAGUCUUCUGGAAAACAUCUCAGCAAGUC